AUGGUGCGUAAACUUAAAUUUCAUGAGCAAAAAUUACUCAAGAAAGUAGAUUUUAUAUCAUGGGAAGUGGAUAAUAAUUUACAUGAAGUAAAAGUAUUGAAAAAGUAUUAUAUUCAAAAAAGAGAAGAUUACACAAAAUACAACAAAUUGGCCAGAAAUAUUAGAGAAGUAGCAAGAAAAAUCAAAGAAGUUGAUCCAAAACAUCCAUUUAGAACAGAAAGUAGUGCACAAUUAUUGGAGAAAUUAUAUCUAAUGGGUUUGAUUGCAACAAGAUGGGAUCUAAGUCUAGCAGAAAAAGUUACUGCAUCUUGUUUUUGUAGAAGAAGGUUACCAGUUGUGAUGGUUAGAAAUAAAAUGUCAGAGUCAAUAAAGGGUGCAGUAAAAUUGAUUGAACAAGGGCAUGUGAGAAUAGGACCAGAGUUGGUAAAAGAUCCUGCAUUAUUAGUUACAAGAACUCUAGAAGACUUUGUUACUUGGGUAGAUAGCUCAAAAAUUAAACAACAUGUUUUGGAAUAUAACGGAAUGAGAGAUGACUUUGUGAUGUGA